AUGAAUGAAAGAAGCGCAGAAGCACGAGUAGUUGAGAAGAUCAUGGAAGACCUACAAAAAGAAAAUGGAAAUACAGAGGAACAAUUACAGACAAUCGAAGAAAUAGAAGCCGAUCAAAAGGAGCAAAUAUCAGUUUUGGGCGCUUCUGAUGCAGAUAAUUGCUCGUUUCCUCAAGGCUACUGUAAGAGACAGGCACUUUAUGCUUGUUUGACUUGUGCCAAGGAUGGCCAGCCAGCUGCUAUGUGUCUAGCGUGUUCCUACAAUUGCCACGACGAUUGCGAGCUGGUGGAACUGUACACAAAGCGCGAUUUUCGUUGUGACUGUGGGACCGGGAAAUAUCACCGGAAAUGUAAAUUCGAUGAGAGCAAGAAUCACACAAACGAGAAAAACAGAUACGACCACAAUUUCGAUGGAAAAUACUGCGAAUGCCUCCGCCCUUAUCCCGAUCCAGAUUGCCCAGAAGAGCUGAAAGACGACGAGAUGAUCCAGUGCAUCGUUUGCGAGGAUUGGUGGCACAGUAGCUGCUUGAAACUCACCAAAGAAGAGCUGGAUAAUGAUGAUAAUGACGAGAUGAUUUGCCCUCGGUGCUUGGCCAAGCCUGAACUCUCCUUUCUACGCUGCUAUAGUAUCAGCAAUGCAGAUAAAGAAUCAGUUUCUGGCGACUGUACUAAGCCCAAGAACGAGCCGAAAUCAACGUCUGGCAGCUUUUUCGUCGAGGAUUUCCGCCUCAAGAUCUGCAAAUGCGUUGAUUGUAUGAAGCUGCUGACUGAUGCCAAAGUCGAAUUUCUCAUCGACUUUGAUGACAGUGUUGCUGCUUACGAGCAAAAAGGCAUAGAAGCGCACAAAGAAGAGGAGAAAGAAGCGGAUGAUCAGAUAAAUAAUUUUCUUGACAAAUUGGAUCACAACGGCCAGAUGGAAGUCGCUCAUGGAGUUGCAUUCAUGCGCCAAAUGAUGAAAGAAAUGUUCGAAAAAGCGCAGUCCUCCGGCGGCGUGAUUACAAACGAGCAUACUCAAGAUUUGAAGCGCAAAUUGGCGGAAAGAACGGAAGAAAUGAAACGCCGUCGUCUCAAUCACCAGUUUUAG